AUGGGAGAGAGGUCAGGUGAAAGCAAUGAGAAUGAUAGAAAAAGUGACUUAGGACAGAAAGUUAAAAGAAGUGACAAUAGUGGAUGGGCAAAUAUAUUUGACAUGGUCCAUGGAAAGCCUAACUAUCUGGAUUUAUCAGAAGAGUGCUGUCUCCAUCAGUACCCAGAAAGUUGUGACUGCAUAGAAACUGAAUUAGAAUGUGUAGAUGUUAAUUUAAAAUCUGUUCCACUUGUUUCAAGCAAUGUCACCCUACUGUCUCUUAAACACAACCAGAUCCAUGCUCUUCCAGAUGAAGUUUUCAGCAGAUAUACAGAAGUAAAGAAAAUAUUUCUGCAACAUAAUUGCAUUCAGACAAUAUCAAGAAAAGCAUUUUUUGGAUUACACAAACUUCAGAAAUUAUAUCUCAGUCAUAAUUGCAUCACCAGUCUGAAACCUGGGAUAUUCAGAGACCUACACAAAUUGAAAUGGCUAAUUCUAGAUGAUAACCCAAUAGUGAAAAUUUCACAAAAACUAUUUGCUGGACUAAAGUCCUUGUUUUUUCUGUCUAUGAUAAACAACUCACUUGUGACCCUUCCAGGGAAAAUAUGCACUCAAAUGCCUCUUAUUAACUGGAUGGAUUUUGAAGGUAAUCACAUUAAAGCCUUAACUAAUGCCACCUUUCUGGAAUGUAAUGCACUCACGGUGCUGUGUCUUCGUGGAAAUCAAAUUCAUUUUGUGCCUGAAAAGACAUUUUCUUCCUUAAAACAUUUGGGAGAACUGGAUCUGUCUAAGAACAUAAUUACUGAAUUACCACAUUAUAUCUUUAAAGACCUGAAAUAUUUACAAAAACUUAAUUUGUCUUUCAAUUCACUUUCUCACCUCUAUGAGGAUCAGUUUGAGAGUCUUCAACAACUUCAGUCUUUAGACUUGGAAACAAUAGAGAUCCCAAAUAUAAAUGCAAGGAUGUUUCAGCCCUUGAGGAACCUUUCCCACAUCUACUUCAAAAAAUUUCGGUAUUGCUCCUAUGCUCUCCAUGUCCGAAUAUGCACUCCAUUAACAGAUGGGAUUUCAUCAUUUGAGGACCUCUUAGCUAACAAUGUUCUAAGAGUAUUUGUCUGGGUCAUAGCUUGCAUUACAUGUUUUGGAAAUCUUUUUGUCAUUGGAAUGAGAUCGUUCAUCAGAGCUGAAAACAAAACACACACUAUGUCUAUCAAAAUUUUGUGUUGUGCUGAUUGUCUAAUGGGUGUGUAUUUGUUCUUCAUUGGAAUCUUUGAUGUUAAAUACCGUGGAGAGUAUAAAAAAUAUGCCGUGCUGUGGAUGGAAAGCUUACCAUGUCAUAUCAUGGGGUUUCUGGCCAUGUUGUCUACAGAAGUCUCUGUCCUUUUGUUGACAUAUCUGACUUUGGAAAAAUAUUUAGUGAUUGUCUUUCCCUUCAGUAAUAUCCGACCAGGAAAACAUCAAACAGUAAUAAUCCUUGUUUCCAUAUGGAUUAUUGGAUUUGUUAUAGCAAUAAUCCCAUUUGGGGAUGAGGACUUUUUUGGAAAUUAUUAUGGGAAAAAUGGAGUUUGUUUCCCACUUUAUUCUGAUCAAACAGAAGAAAUUGGAGGCAAAGGGUAUUCUUUUGGCAUUUUUCUUGGUGUGAACCUACUUGCCUUCAUCAUAAUAGUGUUUUCAUAUGUCAGUAUGUUUUAUUCCAUAAAAAAAACUGCCCUUCAGACAUCAGAAGUCAGGAGCCAUAUUCAUAGGGAUGUUGCUGUUGCCAAUCGAUUUUUUUUUAUAGUAUUCACUGAUGCCAUCUGCUGGAUUCCUGUUUUUGUUAUAAAAAUCCUCUCUCUGUUCCAAGUGGAAAUUCUAGACACAGUCACUUCCUGGAUAGUGAUAUUUAUUCUGCCAAUAAACAGCGCGUUGAACCCAAUUCUCUACACUCUAACAACAACUGUCUUUAAGGAGAAGUUAAAGCAGUUUCUGCACAGUCAUCGAAGGAGGUCUGUUUUAAAAACUGACAGAAACAGCUUGGCUACAUCAGUGUGCACAGGUGGUUCCCUAAUUCACGCCUCCUCAUUUAAACUUGGAUUAUUAAACAAACAAUCCUUGGGGAUAGUAAAAUUAACUUAAUCAUACAAGUGAUGGUUUUUCAGCGAGAUCAUGGGAACUGGAUCUCAAUGGAUUGCAGUAAUGCUAAUCUCUUUGAGAUUUAUUUAGAAAUUUCUUUGUCAUUGCCACCUCUGUAUUCAUC